UACUAUUUUUUUCUCUGGUUAAUUCACCGGUCAAGCUAAAUUGAUCCAGCCUAUACCUGGAGCUAAUCUCGCCUACCAAAGUUCGAAUCAAAAGCGCGAAUCUUGCAUUGCAUCUUUCUCUUAGCAACGCAAAUAAAAAAGCCAAUUAGCCAAGACGGCUUUUUUUCCCCAUCAUUUUCAUUUUCUCUGUGUUUCUGCUCUUGCUGAGCUAAAACCCUAUUCUUUUGGUUCCUUUUCUUUUGGAUCCCUCCAGAAUUUGAACAAAUUCGGGUGAAAUUUAUGUUUCCUUGACUCUUCCAUUUUAAAUGGAAAGAGAUGGGAAUUAUGACAUCGCAGGAGAUAAAUGUCAACCUGAUUCUCUGUUAGGUGGCGAGCCAGCUACCUCGAGCUGCAACCUAUUCUUGGAUCAUGUUGGUGAAGUCACCCUCACUUUUAAUUCAGACGGGUUAUCUUGGGAAGCGGUUGAACCGUUGGUUAAUGACACUUCGACCUGUUUGGGGAUAAAAUACCUUUCUAAUGCUGCUACGGAGAUUAAACUUUCCGAUAUAUAUGCUGCUGAGUUUAUUGAUUAUGGUCUGCUGCAUUCAUCACGUAUCUCUCGUUCCAUGAAACAUCUUCUUAUUGGGCAUGACGUCAAGAUGUAUCGUUUUUCGGUGUACGGUGUCCAAAGGAAUGAGAUUCAGCCUUCUCGGCUGGUCCCUGUUAAAUAUACUUUUGGCCAUAAUAAUCUGCAAACAUGUCAGAUGUGGGUAAAUCGGCUUAAUUCUUCCUUGAACCUCAAAGUUGAAAGACCACAAAAUCUCAUGGUUUUUGUUCAUCCAAGGAGUGGGAAAGGACUUGGCUGCAGAACCUGGGAAGCUGUGGCUCCUAUAUUCUCCCAUGCUAAAGUGAAAACAAAGGUAGUUGUAACGGAGAGACCCGGACAGGCCUUUGAUGUGAUGUCCUCUAUAACAGACAGGGAGCUCAACUCUUAUGACGGUGUUGUUGCUGUUGGUGGUGAUGGAUUUUUCAAUGAAAUCCUUAAUGGGUUUCUUUCUCCCAGGCUAAAAGCUCCCAUGCCACCCGCCCCAUCAGAUUUGGUUCAUUUGGUCAAAGAUAGUUAUGGUUCCUUGGUUCACGAUGGAAAUGAAGCAGCUGAGGAGAGUACUGAUCAAAGUGAAGAACAAUCUCCUCUUAUCUCAUGUCCAGAACAAAAUGGAUCCAGAAUCUCAAAUUCCGACUCUCAGUCUCACCGCCACAAAAGAAAAAGAGAAAGGGAACAAGAUCAGAAGGAAACUUAUGGGGAUCAUUUUUUUGAAGAUUCGGCAGCUCGAGAUCCUGACUUUCAAAUCCUUAAGGAACGGUUUAGAUUUGGAAUCAUCCCUGCUGGUUCAACUGACGCCAUUGUCAUGUGUACAACUGGAAGUCGAGAUCCUAUAACAUCGGCACUGCAUAUUGUUCUUGGCAAAAGGGUGCACCUUGACAUAGCUCAAGUUGUAAGGUGGAAAGAAACACCUAAAUCCGCAGUUGAACCUUGUGUGCGCUAUGCAGCUUCGUUUGCUGGGUAUGGAUUCUACGGUGAUGUUAUCACAGAGAGCGAGAAAUAUCGCUGGAUGGGCCCCAAACGCUAUGAUUAUGCUGGUACAAUGGUGUUUUUAAGGCACAGGUCAUAUGAGGCUGAGGUAGGCUAUCUGGAAGUUGAUUCAGAUAGAUCCAAUCUGACUUUCAAGGGCAACAAUCAAGGAAGUAGGGUACAAGAAAAGAGUAGUCCAUGUAAACCAGAAAGACGUAUCUGCCGUGUCAAUUGCGAAGUUUGUAUGCCAAGUCAUGUGACCCCCGGAAUUUCUGGCCCAAACCCUUAUUUGAGGACAGAGAAUGCCAAAUGGAAGAGAUGCAGAGGACGUUUUCUCAGUGUUGGAGCUGCUGUAAUCUCUUGCAGAAAUGAAAAAGCACCCGAUGGUUUGGUGGCUGAUGCACAUCUUUCAGAUGGUUUCCUUCAUCUUAUAUUAAUUAAAGACUGCCCUCAUGCCUAUUAUCUAUGGCACCUCACUCAACUUGCACGAAGAGGUGGAAAUCCCUUUAAUUUUAAGUUUGUAGAGCAUCAUAAGACCCCGGCAUUUACUUUUACAUCCUCGGGCAAUGAGAGCAUAUGGAAUGUGGACGGCGAGCUCUUCCCGGCACACCAACUCUCAGCACAAGUGUUCUGUGGCCUUGUUUCGUUGUUUGCAUCUGGUCCUGAGGUUUAGUGUCUGGCAUGGCUUUUUGCUUCAACUUGUUUUGGCUAAGCCAGCCAUGAGCAGGAAGAACCCAUAAUAAAUUUAUUGUAUCUCUUUGCAACAUGUAUUACAGAAAAACUUGCUCUGUAUAUUUAAAAUCAUGUUUAGGACCAUAACUGUAAGCAUGGAAGGAAGAUUUUUUAGCAUACGAGUACACGGUAUUUUUCUUGUUAACUCCUCAGGAUUCUCUCUGUAUUUAUAAUUGGAAUCCUGAUACUGAAUAAAUCCAAGUAUUCAGGGCAGACCU